AAGCUCAUCAGUUACAACCAGCUCAACAGCAAGCUUAUAUCCAACAACAUCAGCAACAAGCAACAAUGAUGGCAACUGACGUCUCUGUCAGUGGUCAACCUUGUACUGUAGCUGCAUGCUCCUAUGCUACUCCCCAGUUUAUCACUCUGGCACCAGGAGCUCCAUUAAAAGUCAUGACUGUUGGUCCUAACGGUCAGUUGAUUCAAGCCACUGGUUUACCACAGUAUGCCGACUGCUUCUGUGGGAAUGGCUAUCAAUCAACCAACUUCUACUCUCCAACCUCAGUAAACAUCAAUUCAAGUUACUCAUCAACGCCGAGUAACAACACCCCAGCAACAACAACAUACUGACGGAGGUUCACUUUCAACCGUAUCAGCAGCAGCUACUGCUGCACUCUUCUCUGGCACAGCCAUUUCUUCUUGUACAAUUCCACUUGUACAACCAGCUUUCAUGGAAAUAGAGGUAACUGAAUGUUUACCCAAUUCAUUUCCAUACUACCUUAUUACUAUACUAUUAACUGUAUGUUAAGAUAUAAAUCUAUUCUGUAACUCUUUACAAUUACAACCUCAUUAUUAUUCUAAUAAUAAUUUUUCUGCUUUUAUUGUUACAUUUUGCACAACUUUCUAAACAUUUUGGUUCGUUUCGAAGCUGUUAACAUUUUUGCAUAUAUACAGUUAUAUUAUCAAACCUCAAAAACUUAAAAUCC